CGUCUCGCGAACCUCGCGGUGACGUUACACACGUCGCGUCGUGCCGGUUACCGUGCCGCCCCAACGUCCGAAGGGUGCCUCCCCUCUCUCCCAUCCCUUCUCGCCGCGUCGGUCGCAGCGUCGUCAACCCUCAGGGUGUUAACGGGUGUCUGCGAUAAUCCGGGCGUCGCGCUGCGUGGCGUCUCUCGGCGCCGCGCUCGUCGGGCGUUCGCGAGCGGAAUGCGCGCGGAUGCGGCAUCCGCCGCUGCUGGUCCUGUGAGGGUUGAAACAUCCCCUUGGACUCACUUCCGGUGAACGCGGGCCGGAAGACACAGGUUCGCGCUAUUCGAAUAUCCGGCGUUAACGUUGAUCGAAGUGUAAUACGGUUGAAGAUAACGAUGAAAUAGGGAAGAGUUAAUUAAUUUGACGAAGCUAAGGAAUGUUACGGACUGAAAUGUGUAACAAUUAGUUAAUUAAAUAAAUUAAAUUGUUUAUGGACGUCAAAACUGAGAGAUUUUAAAAAAGUAAACGGUAUCAACGAAGAAUUUAAAUACUGAAUUAAUGUUUCUACCGGUAGAGACCGUUUGUGCAAUUAACGUAACGCAUUAUAGUAAUAUAUCAGCGAUAUCGGAUCGCUGUACAAUUGUUUACCCUGCCCAUGAAUGAGGAACAGAUUAACUGGCGGAGGAAGAUGAAAUGUUAGGAUAAAGAAGAUUCAUCGCGUCGUAAACUUGUGCAGUGUGCGGUUCGGUAGAUUAAUCAAAAGUUUGCGUGUUGAUUGAGUUGAUUUAAGCUCGACUUUCGGCUACCCACGCUCAGGCAUUUGUAAAACGGGGAGUGAAUUUGCGUUUGUGUGUUUGUGCGUUUAAAGUGAUUAUUAGGAAAAAAAAAGUGAAUUCAGUGAGCGGAGUCCUUCCUCUUUUGAUUCCAUCGUGUGGAACCUCUCUUAUUUCUGUGGACACUGCAAUAAGCAACAUUCGAAGCUAUUCAAAAUUUAAUUAACGAUUAGAAAAGAAAUAUAAUUACAGUUGGUUGCAUAAAAUAAAUAGAUAAAAAAGUGAAGAAAGAAUAUAAAAUGUUCGCAAAUUACGAUUCACGAAUUGUGCAUUUAAAAGACACGAUAAGGGUUAUAAUGACUAAUUUUCUUGAUAAUUAAUUUGAAAAAGUAAUUAUAAUCGAUUAUUCUUGUUAUUAUUGAGUGUAAUAAACAAAAUGCUAAAAGACGUUCUGGAUUGAGCCGAUAUUAUUUAACAAUUUGAGGAAUCCCAGGAAGACGAAAGGGAGACGAACUAGUCGAAGUCAUGACUCAUGUACAUGAGAAGCUCAUCGGGAUGGGGGAGACUCGACGGCGGCGUCGUAAUUAAUCGUGCAGGCGUAAAUGAGAGACGAUCGUUGCGGGACGCGGAGGUGAUCCAUAGAUCGUGCCAGGCGCAAUCAGUCGCGGUAGCGCGGGCGAGGCGGGGCGGGGGGAGGGUGGCAAGAUGGAACUCUUCCUGAUCCUCGUUUGCCUGGUCGCGCCGCCCGCCCUCUCGCUCUCCAUCAAGAGCAACCGCAACCCACGGAUCGUCCAGACGCGUUACGGCGAGGUGCAGGGUAUCACGAGGUCUUUCGAGCAUCCCAAGUUCCUCAAACCGAUCGACGUGUACCUUGGAAUACCCUACGCCACACCGCCGGUCGGCAGCAACCGCUUUUCCCCGACGAGAGCGCCGAGCCCCUGGGAGGGAGUCAGAUUAUCGGACUUGAUGGGUCCAGUCUGCCCCCAAAAGCUGCCGGACAUCGCAAACGAGCAGGAAGCGCUCGAGCGAAUGCCUAAGGGAAGACUGGAGUAUCUGAAGAGACUGCUGCCUCAUCUGCGUAACCAGAGCGAGGAUUGCCUCUACCUGAACAUCUACGCACCUGCUAUGGGCAUGGCGGAGGGCGGCAGGAAGCAUCCGGUGUUGCUGUACAUUCACGGAGAGAGCUACGACUGGGGCAGCGGAAACCCCUACGACGGUAGCGUCCUAGCCAGCUACACCGACCAAGUGAUCGUCACCAUGAACUACCGGCUGGGCGUGCUCGGCUUCCUGAACGCCAACGUGGCGCCGCAGACCAAGGCGAGGGUCGCGAAUUAUGGCCUCAUGGACCAAAUUGCUGCCCUGCACUGGGUUAAGGAGCACAUCGCGCGCUUCGGGGGCGAUCCCGAAAAUGUCACCCUCAUGGGCCAGGGCACCGGUGCGGCAUGCGUGCAUUUUCUCGCCAUUAGCCCCACCGUCAUUCGGGGAUUAUUCAAGCGAGCUAUACUGUUGUCGGGCAGCGCUCUUUCAUCCUGGGCCGUGGUGGAGGAUCCCGUAUCGUACGCUCUGAAAUUAGCCAAGGCUGUCAACUGCUCCGUUCCCGAUGAUCUUCUUAAAGAUAACGAGCUUAUAGUCGAUUGUUUGAGGGAGAGCAGUUUGGAAGAACUGAUGCAAGUCGACAUUCAGCCGCCGACGUUUCUCAGCGCGUUUGGCCCAAGUGUCGACGGUGUCGUCAUCAAGCCAGACUUCCAAAAGGAUCUUCUGUCCUACCUCGGUCCUGAAUUUCAAGGAUUCGGCCCUCUGCCGAAGAAAGCUGAGCACGGCGCACCAAUCACGAGCAACAACAAAUAUGAUUUAUUGUUCGGCGUGACAACGAGCGAAGCUUUAUGGAAGUUUGCGGAAAAAGAUGUCCAGCAAGGAUUCGAGGGAGAAAGGAGAGAUAGAAUCAUCCGCACGUAUGUGAGAAACGCUUACGUCUAUCACCUCACUGAAAUAUUUUAUACGGUGGUGAAUGAGUAUACCGACUGGGAACGAACAGUUCAGCAUCCCGUCAACACGAAGGAUGCGUGUGUACAGGCAUUGAGCGACGCACAGUUCGUGGCGCCGCUCGCACAAACUGGAGAUCUCUUCACCUUGAGACACACCAAGAAACCGAACAACCCUCACAUCGCUCCGAUCCUCGACAGCGAGGAGGAACCCAUGCCCAAGACUUACUUCUACGUUUUUGACUAUCAGAUGAAAGACGGCGAUUAUCCUCAGAAGAUGGGCUCAGUGCACGGCGAAGAGCUUCCAUUCGUCUUCGGGGCACCAUUGUGGGUGGAGGGAUUUGGCCAUUUUCCGAAAAACUACACGAGACUGGAAAUGGCACUCUCGGAGAGUAUCAUGCAGUAUUUUGCGAACUUUGUGAAAACCGGAAAUCCGAACAUUAUCGAUCAUCAUGGGAGAAAUGAGACUCUUUUACCAGCUAGUAGGGAAAAGAGCCGAUUUCGCAGCUUGUCCUGGGAACAGUACGAUCCGGUACAUCAAAAAUAUUUAGAAAUUGGACUGAAGCCGAAAAUGAAGAAUCAUUAUAGAGCGCAUCAACUGUCGGUCUGGCUGCGCCUCGUCCCAGAACUUCAUCGCGCCGGAAUGGAGGAUGUCGAUUCCAGGCACAACUUGUUCCGCGGCCAUAGCGACCCCAGUCUAUACGAUGGCUUCGUGAGACCAGAUCCUCUCAGCAGGAUCAGCGAAGAGUUCAAGAGGAAGAACCUUAGCACGGAUCCGCCAACCACGACGGAUUAUAGCAUCACGACAUGCGUUAGCCUUAUCCCGGGCACCAAUCUUCAAAACGUCCAUAAUGCCAGUACCGACACCUUAGCCAGCUUGGACGCCGCCGGUUACGCGGCGUACUCAACAGCAUUGAGCGUGACAAUUGCGAUCGGCUGCAGCCUGCUGAUCCUAAAUGUCCUGAUAUUCGCCGGCGUCUAUUAUCAAAGGGAUAAAACGCGGCUCGAGGUGAAGAGCCUUCAGCAGCAACAGAUGUUGAAUCAACAAUGCGGUCCUCGCGGUUUCACCGAACUGAAACAGCCACCGCCUCCGCACUCGCAUUACGCCGGUGGCGGCCAAGUGAUUGUCGACGUCGAGAAUGAAAUGUUAAGAAGAAAUGUAAUGAAAGGUCCUCCUAACGAUUCCAGCGUUCCUUUCCAAGGCCAAGGAACUCAUACACUGCCUCAUCAACAUCAUUACCAAAAACAGCAUCAGCAGCAACACGCCACUCUUCCUCGAGCCUCAGUCAUUCAAGACAUAAACACGCAAACUCAAGGUCCUCCAAACGGAUCCAUCCAUUUAACUGUUCCACGGGCUCCGCCGCCGCCCAGGGCGAAGAGUCCGCCGGAGAACCAGCCUCUUCUGCAGAGCGCGACGGUCUCCAGUCGCGUGUCGCAGGCAACGAUGAGCGAGAUGCGAGUGUGAUGCUUGGACCCCCCUCCGAAGCCAGUCGUCCCAGAUGUCCUCACGGCGUCGACCUUGCUCUAGGCAAGUUCGUCGCGCAGACCUGUUGCAAGUGGCCUUUAAGUGGCCGCUGAACAUUUCGACGGGUCGACGCAGGACGUCCCAGGGAACGUGAGCUCCGGACGAACGGAGGGGGGUGCUGGAGAGAGAGGUUCCUCACAGCUGAGGGAUGGUCGAGCACCGAGAUUGCCGGGUCUACCGAAUAUAAAAGAGAGAGAGAGAGAGAGAGAGAGAACCCAUCGAAAUGCGCUCUGUUACGAAUUUUGAAGGGUAGAAAUUGCUUGAGCUGAAAGAAAAUACAAAUUACAGAUUUGUCAAAUUUAUUCUACAAUCACUGAGUUCUUUAAGUCUGCUUCAAUUUUACUUAAAUUAAAGAUAGGAAGCUUAAAAUGUAUUUCUACACUCUGUAAGCAAACUGCCCGUAUGGCAAUAGAUUGGCAGCAGAUUUGCUCAGAUGUCGCAACGGAUUCGGUAUCAUCUGCGCCCGCAUUAAACUCGUGUUUCGCCAGCAAAGCCGAUUAUAAUCUGACAGCAAAUUGUCAGCAGAAACCAAGCAGAAUCUGUUAUUUCGUCAACAUUUAAAUGGAAUACGUUAUUUUGCUCAGCUUCUGCAAUCAAUCUGUUAUAUUCUGUUAGCAGAGUCUGUUACAUUUCUGCUGUCGUUCUAUCAAAAAUAAAAUUUGCAGCAGACAUUUUCAAAAUCUUUUCUGGACAGAUUUGGCUAUCCGGUGACUCAAAAUUUCUUUGAAAAAGGUAAUUGAUCUUUACAGUCUUAAUAAUUAUUAAUUUAAUUUUAAUAAACGAAAAAAGCAGUACAAAUGAACAGCGCCUUGCUCAAAACUCUUUAAUAUUCAAUAGACGUUGGUAAAUGUCUACGGAAACACAUAAGAGAGAAAGAUGGCGAAUCAAGCGAUCAUCCUGGAUCAAUCGGAAUUUCAAUCAAAUUUUGCGCGAAGGAAUCAAAGCGAUGCAUUCCGCUAAUUAGUCGAUAAUGAAGAAUCUCUAGUCGUUUAAAGAAGACCUGAGAAACGUGGUGGACGGCUCAAUAUGAAAUUGACGGCGAUGAAGAUGUAAAAAAAAAAUACUACUCUAGCCACUACAAUGUUAGAUGUUCCUUGUACAUAACGUGAAUUUAUAUAUACCGUAAGAACGCCAAAGUUUGCUACUUUCUAAGAGAGGUGUAUUUGCAUCGCGCGUAUCGUUUUCAUUACUUUGUUUCCCGGUUGGUGUGUUGAUAUCCACGCGUGACGUCAUGUUGUUGUAAUUUAGGGAAAAACGAACGUAGGACAAAUAUUUCAAGAGCGUAACGAGUGAGUAUGUUCAUCGAUGCAAAUGGAUUUUUGAAUUCUUGAAACUUUCGGUCUUCGAAUCUUUAAAAUUUUAAUUCUUCUAUUACAGAACAUCUUGCGUGUUCAAUUAUAUACAAAUUUCUUUCAAAUCUUAUAUUUAUUUGUAAAAUUCUGUUUUUUAACCAUAUUACGUGAAUUGGGACUAACUGUGAAAGAGAAUCGUUGAUGCAUGCGACAUCGCUCGUUAUCGUUGCUCCAGAUUAAUGCGACUGCCAUGCAGGCGACUCCGUUGCGAACGUAUUACGUAUUGCACAUAUAAAUUACGAUACAUGAUACGCACAUAGCAUGAUCUUCGUACCCUCUCCGUGUACGCGUAUCUACACGCAUAUGUGUUUUAUAUAUAUGUAUAACGAGACCGCGGACAAUUUUAAAUCGUUGUCACGGAAUGUUUCUAAUUUUCUUCAUUUCCUCCCUGACAUAUUGUCUCUUUGUACUAAAUACGAGAACUGCAAAGCGUUAUUCUUCAUACUUUCAUAUCUUUUAUACUUCCUUUGAAGUCUUGAAAUUUUUACAGAGCGAUCAACCUUGUUAAAUAACGUGUUUUACAUUCAGACAUGUCGUUCACGACGUAAGUCGAUUUUCCUUCGGAAUCGUUACUCUUCUCUAAAUAAAAAAAAAACACCACGAAACGAUCCGAUGUAUUUAAUCAUGUGGUAUAAAUUCUUCACAGUUCAACUUCCAUCGGAUACAUGGUAUGUGAUUAUCCUUUUCUUUUUGUAUAAAAAUAUAUACAUAUAUAUAGGUGUAAAAUAAAAACUAACGUAAAACUAUUAUGCGUAACACACUGCCACAAGACUACAGAAAUCAAUAUGGAAGGCUCACACACCCAUCCAAACUGCAAUUCCUUUCAUAUUUCAUGAGAUUUACAAGAUAAAUUUAUAUAUUUAUUUAAAAAUAUUAUACGAAGUAUACGUACAUUAAUGCAAAAUGCAAUAAAAGCUUCAAAAGUUAAAUUUACUAAUAAAAUAAAAGUUUCCUUUUUACAUGAAAUAAAUUCACUGAAGUUUUUAAGAUUAACAAGUCGAUAAUUUUAAAGGUUUUAAUUUUGAAGAUUAAAAGAUAAAUAAAAUUUUAAUGUUAACAAAAUCUUCUUUGCAAAGGAACCAUUACAUCAAUAAUCGAUAGAGGAAAGUCAAAGUUUUAUACAUAUGCACCUAAACACGAUGUCGAAGGUUGCAUUUUGCUUGCUUUCUGAGCAAAACGAGACGAUCGCGGCCACGAAGUGGCUUAGUUAGCUCCUGAAAUCCUUGAAUCCUUGGGUCCUCAUAAUCAAAAAGGAUCUUACCGUCCUAGAAGGAUCUUAUACUUUUGUAAUUUGAACUAAACUCCAGUUCGUAGAGCGGAAAGAUCCCAAAAUUGGCUGCAAAAACAACCUGCUCAUAAAAAAAACGUGGAUGAAGGAAGAAUGUAAAAAUAUCCUGGAGCCGUGAUGUCUGACAGAAAUAAUGGCGAAACAAUUCAGAUAUGCGUUCGUGAUUGGAAUUUUGAAAAAAAAA